AUGGCAGCUGAGUCACUGCCUUUUUCCUUCGGGGCACUGUCCAGCUGGGAGCUGGAAGCCUGGUAUGAGGACCUGCAGGAGGUACUGUCCUCAGAUGAAAAUGGGGGUACCUGUGUUUCACCCCCUGGAAACAAGGAGGAAGAAUCAAAAACCUUCACCACUCUCGACCCUGCCUCUCUGGCUUGGCUGACUGAGGAGCCAGGACCAGCAGAGGUCACGAACACCUCCCAGAGCCCUCACUCUCCAGAUUCCAGUCAGAGCUCCCUGGCUCAAGAGGAGGAAGAGGAAGACCAAAAAAGACCUAGGAAACGGAAACAGAGUGGCCAGUCCCCAGCUGGGGCUGGAAAGCAACGCAUGAAGGAGAAAGAACAAGAGAACGAGAGGAAAGUGGCACAGCUAGCCGAAGAGAAUGAACGGCUCAAGCAGGAAAUCGAGCGCCUGACCAGGGAAGUAGAGGCGACUCGCCGGGCUCUGAUUGACCGAAUGGUUAAUCUGCACCAAGCAUGAACAGCUGGGACCAUCACUUCCCCCCUUGGGCCACUACCUACCUUUCACAGACAUGGCUGCUGACUAUCUUCUCCAGUGCCAAUGAUGUGACCCUCAACCCCAUCUAUUCAGUAGGGGGAAAGCUUGGGGUAGACAAGAGCAUGUAUAUAGAGAUUGUACAUUUAUUUAUUAUUGUCCAUAUCCAUUAAAGUGACUUUCUAUGA